UCAAACUUCCCGCGCAUGUCUUUGAUGAGAAAAAAAAUUUUUCUCUGUCAGGUUCACGUUCAGUUCUGCUUCCGCUCUCUUUUACGCCCCUGCCUGCUCCACGAGGAACAAAUAAACAAAAUGCAGUUGUUUAUCCGCGGACAAGAGACUUUUGUAGUCGAAUGCCAAGAGCAUGAAAUUGUCUCCAAUCUCAAGGCUAAAAUCACCGAAGCCUGUGAUUUUGGAUCAACAGAAUUCGUCUUGAGUUGCAAUGGGCAAUUAUUGUCCAACGAAACACCAAUUAGUUCUCUAACAUCUAAUUCUUUGGACCUCAACGUCUUACUUCCCGGAGGUAAAGUUCACGGAUCUUUGGCUCGUGCUGGAAAAGUCAAGGGUCAAACACCCAAGGUUGAAAAACAAGAAAAAUCAAAGAAGAAGACUGGUCGUGCUAAGAGACGAAUCCAGUACAACCGCAGAUUCGUUACUGUUGUACCAACUUUCGGACGUCGUCGUGGACCAAAUGCCAACCCUCAAUCAUAAGAAUGAUGUGUAUUUCUUAAAACAGGUUUAUUAUUUAUUUAUUUUUUGAAGUUAUGAAAGAUAAAUAAAUAAUGAUGUAAAUUUAAA